ACUGGGAAUUGGCGUCCUAAAAUGGCGUCUCUCCUGGACGAUACUUUGUUCGAGACGCGCGGACAAGCCCCGGCACCUAGCAAAGACUUCUACCAAAUCACCGUUACUAGGAAAGAUGUGAUUUUCAGGUGGUGGAAAAUUUCUCUUCGGAGUGAAUUCCGUGAAGCAAGGCCUGGAGAACUCAAAGAAUCUCAUGAAGAUUUCUUGGAUGAUCCCUCCCUCCAAAUUCAAAUAGCCAUUGUGUUUGGAGCAAGCACUCUGGAGCAUAUCUUCAAUCUGUGCAGAGGUAAUUUUGAUUUCCUGGUGCGACUGCCUGAUACAUUACUUCUGUACAUCAUGUCUUAUUUGGAUCUUGAAGACAUUGCAAGGCUUUCCCAAGUAUCACACAGACUUGAAACGUUAUGCAACUCUGACAAACUAUGGGAAAUGAUUGUGCAAGAUUUAUUGGGCACCAUCACACCAGAAAUGAAGUCCCUGGCAGAAGAAAUUGGGUGGAAGCAGUUCUUCUUCACUAACAAGCUUCAGCUGCAAUUACAGCUCCGAAGAAGGAGAAAUAAGUCAGCUGGUUCUUCUGCAAGUCUGACUGAUUAGACAAGUAUUUUUCCUAAUUAAACAUGUUGAAAUGUGUGGAUUUUCUUUUCUUUUUUUUCUUUUUCUUUUGGUAAGCUGAACAUCUUGUUUAGCUUUUUAGAAAAAAAUCUGAUCACAAGAUUUGAAUAUAUAGGCUGCCUUAAAAUAUGCUAUUAGAGAUGUCUGAGAAAAUCUUUGUUAUACUAUAUUAUUCCAUACAU